AUGGCAGACACUCAAAUCGACCUUGCAACAUUUUCGUACAUUUCAAUCCCAACCACAAAAAUCAUUAAAGAAGGGUAUAUGGUGAAACGUGGCCAUAUCAUUCGUAAUUGGCUCCAGCGUUGGUUCGUUUUGACAAGUGACAUCCUCUAUUACUUUGAUGCCGAAAAAUUGCACCUUAAAGGGUAUAUCCCUUUAGCUUUUGGUACAAUAACUCGAAGUCCUGAAAUGAAAAAACAGCCAUGUUUCCAACUUAUUUCUCCGAUACAAUCCAAGUCGUAUUUCAUUCAAUGCACGACAGAAGACGAGUGCGGACUCUGGAUGGCAGCUAUCUCAAUUGUCUUAAAUAAAUACAUUGGCGAACCAGAAACUAUGGACCAUGUCACACACAUUACAUAUUCAGAAGGGGGGUUCACUGGAAUACCUCCGGAGUGGGAGACUGUAUUUGUAGGUCUUGGGAUUUCAAAAGAGGAAAUCAAGUCCAACCAAAAGGAAGCGAUGCAAGUCAUCGAAUUUACUAAAAAGAUGGAAGAAGAACCAUUGCGCCCGCCACCCAUGCCCGAGAGUGAGGUGAGUAUUACAUUAAAAGAUAUAGUCCAAGAGGGUAACCCAGUGACACUCUUUGAGAAUUGGCAGCAAAUUGGUGAAGGUGUGAGUGGUGUUGUAUUUCAAUGUGUCGACAAAGCAUCGGGUGAGGAGCGAGCCGUGAAAAAGAUCAAAAUAGAUGAAGAGGUCUUGAACUUGCAAGAGAUUAAAAUCAUGCAGACACUUAAACAUAAGAACAUCGUUGGAUACUUCGGGUGCUACGAGUUAGAAAACUCGUUGUAUAUUGCAAUGGAAUUUAUGGACAGAAAUAACUUGACGGCUAUUCUCGAGUUCUUCCCACAAGUCGCUAUGAAAGAAGAUCAAAUUGCUUAUGUUGCUCGUGAGACAAAUGAAGCGUUAAGAUACGUCCAUUCCUUCCAUCGAAUUCAUCGGGACAUUAAAUCCGAUAAUAUUCUUAUCAAUCACAAAGGCGAAGUAAAGUUGGCUGAUUUUGGUGUGUCCGUUCAACUCACAAAAAGUAAGACAAAGAGAAAUACUAUAGUCGGAACACCAUAUUGGAUGGCUCCUGAAGUCAUCAAAGGAAAAGACUAUGACUGUGUCGUCGACGUUUGGUCCCUUGGAAUCAUGUGCAGAGAAAUGAUGGAAGGAUAUCCACCUUAUAUGGAAGAUCCUCCACUUCGUGCAUUGUUCCAAAUUUCUACAAAAGGCGUACCACCUAUUACAGGUGGAAAUUGGACUCCUGUGUUACUUAACUAUGUAAAUGGGUGUUUGUCCGUAAACCCGGAACAAAGACUUACCACAGAGGGGUCAGUCAACAACCCGUUCUUCCAAAAGGCGUGCACAGAAGAGAUGUUUGCGGACUUUGUUACCUCUGUGGAGAAGUUGGCUCUCCAACAACAAAAAUGA